UGGAGGAUGCCAGCUUCAGACCCAGCUGCAGACAGACGACAGAGAGCCUCAGUGGCAUUUUCUCUCAGUUUUCUCUCUUUAGCCUGCUCUAUUACAGCAUUUGGUAGCAGCUACUGGUGUGAAGGGACAAGAAAAGUUGCCAAACCUUUCUGUACAGGACAGAGCAAAGGGGAUCACUGCAUCCGCUUUAAUAGCCCUGAUGGCAACAACAGCAAUGCUGUGCAGUAUAUUUGGGAGACAGGAGAUGACAAGUUCAUUGACAGAAAGUUUCAUGCUGGGAUUUGGUAUUCCUGUGAAGAAAUUAUAAAUGAAGAAGGUGAGAAAUGUAGAAGCUUCAUCAGUCUGACUCCAGCUGCUGAUCGAGGGGUUUUAUGGCUGUCUAUUGUAGCAGAGCUUCUGUACAUCAUUUUGCUUCUGAUUGGAGCCAUUCUUAUGUCAGUAGAAAUGUGCUACUACAGUACUGUCAUUGAUGGGCUAAAGAUCAACGCCUUUUCUGCAGUAGUCACCGUAUUAGCAGGUCUUCUGGGCAUGGUUGCUCACAUGAUGUACACGACUGUAUUUCAAAUGACUGUAAAUCUUGGUCCUGAAGACUGGAGACCUCACACAUGGGAUUAUGGCUGGUCCUAUUGCCUCGCAUGGGCUUCCUUCGCUUGCUGUAUGGCUGCAGCUGUCACCACUAUUAACAAAUAUACAAAAACUAUUUUGGAAUUCAAGCACAAACGAAAAAUGCUGGAAAGGAGUUUAAAGAUUAAAUACAAGUUUCCUGAUCAUACAGCUCCAGAGAAAGCUUGCAAUGUGUAUGUGAACUCUUUUCACAACAGUACAGAGGACCCUGCACACCCAAUAAAAGGCUUGCGUCACCUGGCCACUAUUUCAGUUCUGUAA